AUUUAUGGAUUGAUACAUUUUUUAUUAUUUAUGUAUAAUAUCUAUAAACUUGUAUAAAAUUUAAUUAUAUACAAAAUUAUAAAAUUUAUACAAAAUUAUAUUAAUUAUAUUAUAUUAAUAUAUACAAAAUUAUAUUAAUAUAUUAAAAUUAUAUUAAUUAUAUUCAAAAAAUCAGAACAGAUAUGAAAUGGUGCCCUGAGCCCAGAGUACCCUCGGCGCCCGAGUCCGUCCCUGGCCGAUCGCGGCCGUCGGUUACAAAGCGUCGUUUCUGUUGUUGCCAUUGGCAGUGCCGCCGCCGCUACAACGCUCCAUCGCUCCAUCGUUCCAUCGGCCCAAUGCUUCAUGCACGCUUUGUGUGCUCGGCCUGGCGCAGUCAGGGAACGAUCGCGCUUGGCUCCAUUACUCUGUGCUCCGAGGGCCACGCUCCGCAAGUCCACCGCAAUUCCGUGAAUCCGCAACUCCGCUGACCGAAUCCCCAAGCCGAAUCCCAUCACGCACGCGUCCACCGUCUCUUGUGGCCAAGUAUCCAUCAACCAUCAACCAUCAGGCAGUUGUUUGGACAUCCGGCGAGCGAGCAAACAGCGCUAGGCUUGUGAAAUCGCGGCGAGCAACGCAACAGCGGGUUAAUUGUUAAAAAAAAAGCGGGCCAAAAGAGUUGCUUUUUCUUCUGCCUUUUUUUUACGGUUUCGUUUGUGUGUUUUUCUUCAAUCGACAGCCAACGGAAGCUCCUUUCCAGCACAAUGGCAGCCACAAAAGAGGAUCACUCCGCCCUGGACGUCAUCAUCAAAUCGCUCAAGUCCCCCAGCAUGACCUGCGAGGGCACCCACUUCGACGGCCAGAUCCCGCACACGUUCGUCAUCUUCGGAGCGUCGGGCGACCUGGCCAAGAAGAAGAUCUACCCGACGCUGUGGUGGCUCUACCGGGACGAUCUCCUCCCCAAGCCGACCAAGUUCUGCGGCUAUGCCCGCUCCAAGCUGACGGUGGAGAAGAUCGAGGCGAGCUGCCGGCAGUACAUGAAGGUCCAACCCCAUGAGCAGACCAAGUACAAGGAGUUCUGGGCCCUCAACGACUACGUGGCCGGCAGCUACGAUGGCCGCACCGGCUUCGAGCUCCUCAACCAGCAGCUGGAGCUGAUGGAGAACAAGAACCGGGCGAACCGCAUCUUCUACCUGGCCCUGCCCCCCAGCGUCUUCGAGGAGGUGACGGUCAACAUCAAGCAGAUCUGCAUGUCGGUGUGUGGCUGGAACCGCGUCAUCGUCGAGAAGCCCUUCGGACGGGACGAUGCCUCCUCCCAGGCGCUGAGCGAUCAUCUGGCCAAGCUGUUCCACGAGGAGCAACUCUACCGCAUCGACCACUACCUGGGCAAGGAGAUGGUCCAGAAUCUGAUGACCAUCCGCUUCGGCAACAAGAUCCUCAGCUCGACCUGGAACCGGGAGAACAUCGCUUCGGUGCUGAUCACCUUCAAGGAGCCGUUCGGUACCCAGGGACGUGGCGGUUACUUCGACGAGUUCGGUAUCAUCCGGGACGUGAUGCAGAACCAUCUGCUGCAGAUCCUCUCCCUGGUGGCCAUGGAGAAGCCGGUCAGCUGCCAUCCGGACGACAUUCGCGACGAGAAAGUGAAGGUGCUGAAGUGCAUCGAGACCCUGACCCUGGACGAUAUGGUGCUGGGCCAGUACGUGGGCAAUCCCAAGGGCACCACCGACGACGCCCGCAACGGGUACUUGGACGAUCCCACCGUGAACAAUGACUCCAAUACGCCCACCUACGCCCUCGGGGUGCUGAAGAUCAACAACGAGCGCUGGCAGGGCGUGCCCUUCAUCCUGCGCUGCGGCAAGGCGCUGAACGAGCGCAAGGCCGAGGUGCGCAUCCAGUACCAGGACGUGCCCGGCGACAUCUUUGAGGGCAGCACCAAGCGCAACGAGCUCGUCAUCCGCGUCCAGCCGGGCGAGGCGCUCUACUUCAAGAUGAUGACCAAGAGCCCGGGCAUCACCUUCGAUAUCGAGGAGACGGAACUGGAUCUUACCUACGAGCAUCGGUACAAGGACUCCUACCUGCCGGACGCCUACGAGCGACUCAUUCUCGACGUCUUCUGCGGCUCCCAGAUGCACUUCGUCCGCUCCGACGAGCUGCGCGAGGCGUGGCGCAUCUUCACUCCCAUUCUGCACAAGAUCGAGCAGGAGCGCACCAAGCCCAUCGCCUACCAGUACGGCUCCCGCGGCCCCAAGGAGGCGGACGUCAAGUGCGAGCAGAACAACUUCAAGUACUCCGGAUCGUACAAGUGGCACGGCGGCAAGCCGAAAACGUCUAGUCUCUGAGGACGGCGGCUGCUUGGGCUUCCUGCUGCUUCCGGCGCACAGCACACGGCACACAGAGCACACCCACAGGAUAACACUUUGGAUACUCCUUCUCUCUGUCCUUACACAUACAUAUUUUUAUGUACUCUUUGGUUAUUUUUUAUUUAAUACGGGUUGUACAAGAAUGUUUUUUUUUUAAAUAUACGAUCUAGAAUUUAAUUAAGGCGUUGAUUUCUUAAAAACAUCUACAUAUCUGUCAUUGUUUUUCGGCGGAUGAGAUAAUAAUACUUUUUUAAGAAAGUGAGAUUUCAGGCUACCAGAAAAUAAAUGGAGGCUAUUGGAAACAGG